AAUGAAAAUUAUGAAAUGCAAUACAGAAAUGCGAUAUCGCUACCAUUAUUUUCAAGAAGAAAAUAUAGUAAAACAGGAAGAAAAGCAAGAAAAGAUAUGAAGGACAUUGAAACCGGAAAAGUGACAACGGCUUGUAAGAAAUUCACAAAAACCAUAGACGAUUGCAAAAGAUAUUUGAAGGAAUUACAUGAUAGCAAUAAAAAUCUUGGAUUGAUCUGUAGUUCGUCUGAAAUUAGCUAUGAAUCCUCGAUUAAAAAUGUUUGGUCAGAUACGCAGCAGCAAAAAUGUGUUGAAGCAAAAAAUCCAAUUAAUUUAAAUGAAAAUCUCAACAAUAAAGAAAAUGAUGAUGAAAAAGAGGAAAGUAAAAAAAUGAAGAACUUUGAAAAAAUUGAUAACAAACAACAAAAUAACGAUCAAUGUUUAGAACUAUCAAAUGCGAUCUAUCCGGUAUUACAAUUAAUUGACAAACGUUUAUUACCCCCAAAAAUGAAUAUAUCAUUUUAUACUGACAUGUUUCCUCAGCAAUUAACGUCGAAGAUGUUAAUUCCAUGUGAACGAAGAAAAUACACAAAGACGUCUGAAGAAGCGUUGUAUCAAGUAAAAAAGAAAUUAGAAAGUUUACAUAAUGUUUUGCGUAUGUACGAGUUACAAAAAGAUGAGACAAAAAUAUCAGAGAAACAACAAGAAGACAAUAACAAAACGAACAAUACCUGCCAAAAUGUUAUGGACACACUUGUCUCGGUUACAACAGAAGGUAACAAUCGAAAUAGAAUUAAAAAAACCAAAAUAAAUUUUAAUAAUAAUACUAGAAACAACAGCAAGGAAAUUCAACAAACAACUUCUAAUAGUUCUGAACCAUAUGAAAGUGAUGAAACAAUAAAAAGUUCAAUAGUAUCGAUACAAAAUUAUUCUAGUACGCUUAACGCAUAUUGUGUAAAUAAUAUAAAUGAUCCUUAUUGUUUGCUUACGGAAAAAUUUGAUCAAAAAAGAUCUCCCAGAAAUUAUGAUGAAUUAGAGAUAAUUCCAAAUAAUCAAAUUGUAUAUUCCUCUAGUGUUAAAUAUGAACGAAUUCCUGAAAGAAUUUAUUAUACUCUUUCAUCUGAUUCUUCUGAUGGAAAAGAAGAUAAAAAAAAAACUGCAAUAUCAGAAACUUUAACAUCAUUCCCAAAUGUAUACAUCAAAAAUAAUCAAACAAAGUCAUUCAGUUUCUCUAAUCAAUAUCCAAUUCCAAUGGAAACUGAUGAAGAUGUAAUAAUGACAACAGCCUCGAGUCGAACGGAAGUAUCAAAAGAUAGCGAAUUUGAAGAUAAGUCGACAGCAUUGUUACUUCAAGAAGCAUUGCAAUUCAAGAAAGCUCUAUUAACGCGCGUUGAACUAGAAAAAUUAUGUUAUACAAAUGAUAAAAAAGAAGAAAUAAAUAAUGGAUCAGAAUCAGAUCAUGGUAAAUAUUCUUAUAUUAACAAUAGUUUACAAUCUAAAUUUUUGGAUAUUAUAUCAGAGGAACAAUCAGUUAGUAGUUCUACUGAAAAAACCAGUAGAACUUAUAUGUUUUUCAAUUUGAAACAAGACAAGCAAUUCAACAAUGAUAUAUUAGAUUUUACUCAACGAAAUGAUUUCAAUACGCAUAAAAAAUAUUUGGACUCAAAACACACUCUUAGUUCACCUUCUGAAUAUUUUAGCUUUUGUAAUAUAACUCAGAAAGAAAAUACAAUUAAUAAUAGUCAGCUAUCUUUACCAAAUCAUACUCAUUUUCAAGAAAACGAAUCUAUAGAAGUAAUUCCAAGUACUUUGCAAAUAGAAUAUUUAAAUGAUACUUUGAAUGAAUCUAAUGACAAACUUAUAACAUUUUCAAGUUGUUUAAAUACAACAGAAACAAAUGUGAAUGAACAACAAAUAUGUUAUGAUUGUAUGAAUAAAACACAGAAUUUCAGAGAACAUUUUACACAUAUAAAUAAUAUAAAUGAAUUUAUAACUCAAAAUAUUAAUAGCGUAGAAUUAUUUUCAGAAGAUUUAGAUAUUCCUUCAAUAAAAAAAAUUGAAAAUUCCAAUAAAAAUAUAACUUCUAAUUUUCUUAACUCUGAAUCUCUGAAACAAUAUAGCAGUGUUAAAAGUAUUAAAAAUAUAGAUGAUACAUCAAAACUAAAUAUAUUGAAUGAUAAAGAACAUAUUGAAGAUAAUGAAAUUUUAUCAUGCAAUUCAAAUUUAACUUUAAAAAGAAAUCCUGGCGCAUGUUCGCUAUUCGAACAAACAGUGACACAUGUACAUGCAAAUAAAAUAUUAGAAAUAGAUGAUUUGCUUGAAAGUAGUGAUCCAAUAAAUGAUGAUGAAUUAUCAUUCAAUGAAAGUAAAGAAACUUCAUUUGAAAUGAAUUUAAUACAAGAUUCAUUAACGUCCUGUAUACAUUUUUCUAAUGAUUCUAAUUAUCCAGAACCAUCAUCUGUGACAAUAUUAGUUAACAAAUCAAUAGAUGAAGAUAAAUUGGAUUUAGAUUGGUUAAAUGUUAACAAUGAUUUCAGUGAUGAUGAGAAAAAUAUAAAAACAUAUUCAACAAAUACAAUUACUCUUCAAAAGUAUGAUACAACAAAUACAGAUAAUUAUAAAGAAACAAAAACUCAUUAUAUCAAAAAUGAUAAACUUGAAGAUGAAAAAAUUAAUUCAACUAUAGAAAACUCAUUUGAAAAUCUAGAUAAAAAAGAAAUAGUUAGAGAUCUGGAUUUUUAUAAAUCUUAUUCCAAUCUAAUUUCUCCACAUAGUAGUAUGUACUUUACAGAUGAAGCUUCAAGUUCCAACAUAAAAUUAAAUACUCAUAAUUCAAAACUUUGUAAAGGUUAUUUACAUUCUAAUAUAUAUAUACAAAAUAAUAAAGAAAAUGAAUUAUGUUGUGAGAAUAAACAUUUGAAACAUACAAAAAAUAUCGAAACAUUUUCAAUUUCGACGUUGAAUGAAAAGAAAAAAACAAAUUUCCCAAUUUCGACAAACAAUGACAAAUCUUUUAUCAAAAUUUCGAAUGAUAAAUCAGAGAAUAAACAAAAUUUAUCAGAAUCUAACAAAAUACAUAAAGAAAAUGAUCUACUUUCUAAAACUUGUACAGAAAAUAAGGAUACAUUGUUAAUUAAAGAAAGAAAAAUUUCAGAAAAAGAAAAUGAUAUUUUGAAUAAUAAAAAUUCAAUUUCAUAUAAGGAUAUUAAAAAUUAUAAUUUAAUAUCUACAGAAAAUAUUUUAUCAAAUGAGAUAUUAUCUAGUUCGAUAAAUAAUAAUGAAAAAUUAGAGCAAUAUAUCACAUCGUCAAAUCUAUCUUCACAAAUUUCUCCAAGGGAAACAAAAGAAAAUAAAACAAUGAAAAAAAUAAAUACGACAGUGAAAUCACGAAGUCAUGAAAAUUAUAUUUCCAAUAUCGAAAAAUUAAAGAAAACAAAUUUACAGAAUUUAAAAUGUUUAAAAUCUGAUUUAUUGAACACGGGUCGAAUUAAAACAGAAAAUAAUAAAAAUAUAACAUAUACAAAAUUAAGAGAUCUAUCAGCAGAACCUAAACGUAAUACAGAAAAUAGUAUUAAAUUAGAUAAAAAAAGAUCACGAUCACAAAUAAGUUUUCGAACGAACGAAUUAUUAAAAGAAGUUACACUACAAUCACAUGAAUUCCCAAGCAAUAAAAAUUCUAUAAAUUAUACUAAAUCAUUAGAAACGAAAUUUAAAUUAAAAGGUCCUUUAAAAUCUUUGACACCAACGCCGAAAACAUCUUCAAGGUCUUGCAUACCGAUUUUGAAAAGCCGUUUGGAAGCAGCUCGAAAGAUUGAAAAUGAAUCACGACCUAAAAGUCCAACGAGAGGCCCGUUAACAAUGACUAUGUCCUGGAGAGAUAAUAUAUGUAACAAAAAUCAAAAUGUAACAGAUGAAGUUCAAGUAGAGGGUAAAAUAAGAAGUAAUGAUCCGCCUAUAGAAGGAGUAAAUUAUGCAGAAAAGAUAAAUAAUAGUGGUAAUCAUAAUCAAGAGUCAAUAAAAAUAUCACAAAAUAACGUAAAUGAAAAUACUGAUAAUAAUAUUAUUUCGCAAGAACAAAUGAUAAUAUAUGUUAACAUAUUCACAAAAUAUGAUGAUAAUACUACAAAAAUAGUGAAUCCAAAUAAAUUUCUGGAUUAUAUGAAGAAUAGAAAAUUAAAUAUGCAACAAUUGCAAGAAAAUCAAGUUAACAAGAAACAUUCUGAACUUCAUGAGACCUCCAUAAAAAACGAGAAAGAUACAAUACAUAAAAUUGUUACAGUCGUUUCUUCUGUUAUAGAUGGUAAUGAAUUAAAUGAAACUAUAUCAACUAAAUCAACAUUGAAACCACAAAAAACUUCAUUGUCAAAUAUUUUACUAAAUGGUCAAUUAAAAAAUUUAUGUUUCUUAUCCGUUGAACAAAGAGAAAUCGAUGUAACUGCCAAACCUUCUGUUGUUGAUACAAGCACAUCGAUAUCGGAUUUAGAUAAUAUUUCAAAGAUAUCAAAAAGUACAUUAAAUAAAUUUCAAAUAUGCGGAACACCUAAAGAAUUAAAUAAUGAGGAAUAUAUAGCGUUACUAGAAAUUCUUCAUCAGGAAUCCAAUUUUGUACAUUUACGAGAAUUGCAAAAUAUUUGUAAAAAACUUGUAUCGGAAUAUCCAAAAAUCUAA